CUCUUCUUCUUCAUCUUCAGCUUCAUCUUCAGGUUCAUCUUCAUCUUCAGCUUCAUCUUCAUCUUCAGGUUCAUCUUCUUCUUCUUCUUGUAGGGUUUUAGGUAGGAUGGGGAGGGGAAAGAUAGAGAUAAAGAAGAUAGAGAACCCAACAAACAGGCAGGUGACAUACUCAAAGAGGAGACAAGGGAUUAUGAAGAAAGCUAAGGAAUUGACUGUGCUUUGUGAUGCUGAGGUUUCUAUUGUUAUGUUUUCCAGUACUGGAAAGUUUGCUGAGUACUGUAGUCCUUCUUCUGAUACUAAGAGCAUGUUUGAUCAGUAUCAACAAGUGACUGGGAUUGAUUUGUGGCACUCACAGUAUGAAAGAAUGCAAAGCAAUCUAAAUCAUUUGAAGGAGAUAAAUCACAACCUCAGGAGGGAAAUAAGACAGCGAAUGGGGGAGGAAUUAGACGGACUGAACAUCGAUGAAUUGCGCGGUCUUGAGCAAAAUGUGGAUGAAGCCUUGAAACUUGUUCGGCAAAGAAAAUAUCAUGUUAUUACCACACAGACUGAUACCUACAAGAAGAAGCUGAAGAAUUCCCAUGAAGCUCAUCAGCACUUGCUACGUGAACUGGAGAUGAGAGAAGGGCAACAAGCUUAUGGAUUUAUGGACAAUGAUCCAAAUAACUAUGAGUGUGCAAUUGAUUUGGCUGCUGCUGCUGCUGCUGCUGCUGCAACUGGGUCUCAUGUUUAUGCUUACAGGGUUCAACCAAACCAGCCAAACCUUCAUGGGAUCAUGUCUUAUAAUUCUAAUGAUCUUCGUUUGGCUUGAUUAAUUAACUAAUUAACUUAUAUAUAUAUAU